AAAAAAAAGCCAGAAAGUGAGGGAAAAUCCUCGGUGUUUCACCUCCCAUGGCCUCUUUACACCCUCAGAAUGUCGGAAUCAUCGCCAUGGACAUCUACUUCCCUCCCACCUGCGUCCAGCAGGAAGCUUUGGAAGCUCAUGAUGGGGUGAGUGAAGGGAAGUACACUAUUGGGCUUGGACAAGAUUGCUUGGCAUUCUGCACUGAGGUUGAAGAUGUUAUCUCAAUGAGCUUGACGGUUGUUACUUCCCUUCUUGAAAAAUUUAAAAUUGAUCCAAAGCAAAUUGGACGCUUGGAGGUUGGGAGUGAAACUGUCAUUGACAAAAGCAAAUCCAUUAAGACCUUCCUGAUGCAAGUUUUUGAGGAGAGUGGUAAUGGUGAUAUUGAAGGUGUUGAUUCAACAAAUGCGUGCUAUGGUGGAACAGCAGCUUUGUUCAAUUGCGUGAAUUGGGUGGAAAGUACUUCAUGGGAUGGACGCUAUGGACUUGUUGUAUGUACAGACAGUGCGGUAUAUGCUGAAGGACCUGCUCGUCCUACUGGAGGAGCAGCUGCAAUUGCCAUGCUUGUAGGGCCAGAUGCUCCUAUUGCUUUUGAAAGCAAAUUAAGAGGCAGUCACAUGGCUCAUGCGUAUGAUUUUUACAAGCCAAAUCUUGCAAGUGAAUACCCGGUUGUUGAUGGAAAGCUCUCGCAGACCUGUUAUCUCAUGGCACUUGAUUCCUGCUAUAAGCUUUUUUGUGAGAAAUUUGAAAAAUUGGAGGGGAGGCCCUUUUCAAUAUCAGAUUCUGAUUAUUUUGUGUUUCAUUCUCCAUAUAACAAGCUAGUGCAGAAAAGUUUUAGUCGGCUAUACUUCAAUGACUUUCUGAGAAAUCCCAGUUUUGUUGAUGAAGAUGCCAGGAAAACCCUAGCACCUUAUACAUCCUUAUCUAGUGAUGAGAGCUAUCAAAGUCGUGAUCUUGAAAAGGCAAACCAGCAAGCUGCAAAACAUUUAUAUGAUGUGAAAGUGCAGCCCAGCACAAUAAUCCCAAAACAAGUUGGUAACAUGUACACUGCAUCGCUUUAUGCAGCAUUUGUAUCUCUCCUUCACAAUAAGCACAGCUCGCUGGCCGGUAACCGGGUAGUUAUGUUCUCAUAUGGAAGUGGUUUAACAGCUACAAUGUUCUCCUUCCACCUUCAAGAAGGUCAACAUCCCUUUACUUUGUCAAACAUUGUAACGGUGAUGAAUCUUUCGGGCAAGUUGAACCAGAGAUUUGAGUUUCCUCCCGAAAAAUUUGUUGAAACAAUGAAGCUGAUGGAGCACCAUUAUGGGGCAAAGGACUUUGUGACAAGCAAGGAUUGUAGCUACUUAGCUGCAGGCACCUUCUAUCUCACCCAAGUUGAUUCCAUGUACAGGAGAUUUUACGCCAAGAAGGACACCACCAGCACAUGAUAAUUCCUUAGUUGAUAAUCGCUUAUGUCUUCAAAUUUAGAGUUGAGAAGUAGUUUGUUCUGGUUCACCUUCCGUAUUCAA